AUGUCCGAAACCGCACCAGUAGCACCAGCGACGUGCACACUAGAUUCAAUUCAGAAGCAGUUAAACUUAAUUAACGACUUCUAUUCAAAUUUCAAGAAUAAUGCAGAGAAUCAGGGUGAUGGGGGUACUGAAGGUGCACAAUUGACGUCCGAGUUACGGACUGCCUGUUCGAACUGUACGAAAAUUACUGGUGACGCUAAGGGAAUCGAAAACGCCUACUUAUACGCAUGUCAGCAGAAUGGGCAAUCGGAUUACGGGGAUUCCCCCUGCCGCCUAUUUUAUUAUUGGUUUGGACACAAAUACUGGUCUCACUUAAAAGGUAAUGCGCUAUCAACAGUUUUGGAUAAAAUUUACACCACACUGAAGGGAUCUUGCACUAAGGGAGAAUGUACUUUUAAAUAUGACAUUACGGACCAAACUAUUUUUGAUCAUAUGAAAAUCAUAUUUGAAUAUUACAACGAUUAUAAUCAGGUACAGAGUGAACUAAGUCGGAGUGGUAUCACCUGUGCGAAGAAGUGGUCAGACUAUUGGACCAAACUUUCCACAGCAUGUGAAAAAAUGAAGGAGAAGUGCAAAGAAGGGUCCGAUGAUCGGGAAAAACAAUAUUGUAAAGACUUUGACAGUACCUAUAAAAUCCACUGUGAAACAGCUAAUCUCCCCCAACAGAUGACGGAACUAAUAACAAAGAUCCAACGUGAAGCACAGCUGGCAGCACAAACAGCAGCAACCUUAGCAACAAAAGAAAAGGACGAAGCCAACCUCCUUCCUUCCUCCUUAGAUAUCCUUUCCUUUCUUCCUUAG